CCUUUAAGGCGGCUCGUAGGCGUGUCAGGAAAUGCGCGCCGGAACAGCCCCGCUCGGUGAGUGGCCGGGGACUGGCGCUGAUGAGCCGGAACUUGGAUUCGGCUCGUGGCAGCCGGAGCCGUUCUCCGGUCAGGCCCCUGUCCGUGUCCCUCGAGGCGCACCCUGUCCGUGUCUCUCUGCAGCACCCUCCCUUCGGCUCAGCGGGGGUUUCCGGGGGCUUCCCGCUCACCGCUUCCCACGUGGUCCGCGUCCGGUUAUUUUCUCCUCUGCUCUGCCCUUCUGUAGCUCUCUCGCUUCCUUUCUCCCUGCGACUCACACGUCCCCUGUCGUCAAGAUGGCCAUGGCUGUCAAGGCCCGCAUCCUUAGUUAGGCCCCUUCUCCCUUCCCUGGGUCUUGUUUCAUGACCCCAACCCCACCCCACCCCCGCCCCCCGCCCCGGGAGCGAGCAAGAUGAGGAGCGGUGCACCAUGGCAAAUCCGGAAGCAGAACUUCAUCCAAGAAGGAGGGGACCGAUAGAUCAUCCCAUGUGACAGUUGAAGGCUGCAGCCACAGGCCCUAACAGCUUGAAGCCCUGUAGUUCAGGGAAUGCUUCUGGCCGUGAAGUGAUCCAUCUCUUCUGCCACCAUGAACAGGGCCCCUCUGAAGCGGUCCAGGAUCCUGCGCAUGGCGCUGACUGGAGCCUCUGCUGUCUCCGAGGAUGCAGACAGCGGAAACAAGCCUUUUCUGCUCCGGGCUCUGCAGAUCGCGCUGGUGGUCUCUCUCUACUGGGUCACCUCCAUCUCCAUGGUAUUCCUCAACAAGUACCUGCUGGACAGCCCCUCCCUGCAGCUGGAUACCCCCAUCUUUGUCACCUUCUACCAAUGCCUGGUGACCUCGCUGCUGUGUAAGGGCCUCAGCACUCUGGCCACCUGCUGCCCUGGCACGGUAGACUUCCCCACCCUAAACCUGGACCUCAAGGUGGCCCGAAGUGUGCUGCCGCUGUCCGUGGUCUUUAUCGGCAUGAUAACCUUCAAUAACCUCUGCCUCAAGUACGUCGGGGUGGCCUUCUACAACGUGGGACGCUCGCUCACCACCGUGUUCAAUGUGCUUCUCUCCUACCUGCUGCUCAAACAGACCACAUCCUUCUAUGCCCUGCUCACCUGCGGCGUCAUCAUUGGUGGUUUCUGGCUGGGUAUAGACCAAGAGGGAGCUGAGGGCACCCUGUCCCUGACGGGCACCAUCUUCGGGGUGCUGGCCAGCCUCUGUGUCUCACUCAAUGCCAUCUAUACCAAGAAGGUGCUCCCUGCGGUAGACCAUAGUAUCUGGCGCCUAACCUUCUAUAACAAUGUCAACGCCUGUGUGCUCUUCUUGCCCCUCAUGGUCGUGCUGGGUGAGCUCCACGCCCUCCUGACCUUUGCGCAUCUGAACAGUGCCCACUUCUGGGUCAUGAUGACGCUGGGUGGCCUGUUUGGCUUUGCCAUCGGCUAUGUGACAGGACUGCAGAUCAAAUUCACCAGUCCCCUGACCCAUAAUGUGUCAGGCACGGCCAAGGCCUGUGCACAGACAGUACUGGCUGUGCUCUACUACGAAGAGAUUAAGAGCUUCCUGUGGUGGACAAGCAACUUGAUGGUGCUGGGUGGCUCCUCCGCCUACACCUGGGUCAGGGGCUGGGAGAUGCAGAAGACCCAGGAGGACCCCAGCUCCAAGGACAGCGAGAAGAGUGCUAUCGGGGUGUGAGCUCCUUCAGGGAUCCACGGCUGAGCUCAGGUGGGGCCUACCCAGCACUGAAGGCUUCCCAGAGAGCCAACUGGGUAUGGCCCUGAGCAAUAUUGUUUACAUCCUCCUCAGAAAAUGAUCUUAGAGGAGCCAGGUUCUUUCCUGGUAAUGUCAGAAAGCUGCCAAAUCUCCUGUCUGCCCGAUCUUCUUGUCUUGGGAAAGCCCUACUAGGAGUGGCACCCUUCCUGCCUCCUCCUGGGGCCUGUCUACCUCCAUAUCGCCUCUGCAGUUGGGACCAGCUGCACUGUUUGGGGACUGGACUGAUGAAGUGACGUCUUGAUGACAUCUACACAAGGGAGAUGGGUUGUGACCCUACCAUAUAGCUGGUUGAAGGGAGUUGAGCGACCCCACAUCUCUGGGGCCCUGAGCAGGCAGCAUAAUAGCUCAGGUGCUGUUAACAUCAGUAACGCUCCAGACCGCCUUUGGAGGCAGCUGGGAGCCAAGAGAGGACAUGGACAUUCUGCCCUCUUCUGUGUGGAGGGUACGGCAGACCUGUGGGAGCUGCACCCACGGUGUCUGACGAGAAAACACUCACCUCGACACUCCAUAUUUGCAGCUUUAGGACAGGGGGAGCCACACAUUUUACAGAUUAAGUAGAGUCAUGAUUGCCUCUACAGCCCCUAACCCUGGCUUUUCCUGUCUGGCUUCUCUUGGCCCAAAGGGGCUGCCAUCCUGUUCUCUAACACCUGGCCCAGCUACCUGGCUGUACCCUCUUUCUGUACUCCCUUUUCCCCUGUAAGCAUCCUCCGACUCCUCCAUCUGCAGUCAGGAAGUAGGGUCCACUCAUAGCCUCUGUUCCCAUGUGCUCAGGUCCCCAAGCCCCUCAUGGUGGUAAGAGACACUUAUGUUCUCUGAGGCUGGGGCUGAAGGAGCCCAUUGAGUCUCAGAGUUAGUCCUUCAGGCUCCUGUCACAAAAUAGCCUAGACCGUGUGGCCAAGAACAGUGGAGGUUGGUUUAUAACUGUUCUGGGGGCAGCAGCAAAGCCCACAUCAAGGUACUCGUAGACCCAGUGUUUCAGAGGAAACCCCUCUGCCCACAUCCUCACAUGGUAGAGGCACAGAUGAACUCCCUCAGGCCUCUUGUAUAGGAGCACUAACCCCAUGAGGGCUCCAUACCAUGACCUAAUCACUCCCAAAGCCUUCAACAUGAGUCCACAAUGAAUUUGGGGACAGAAACACUCAGACCAUAACACCCCAGCACCACACCCUCCUAACCUCAGGGUAGCUGUCACUGUCCUAGUCCCUUCUGUUUGGCCUUUUAUACCCCCAUUUCCUUGGGGUAAUGUUUGAUGUCUUUGUCCAUUUCAUGAAAAGAUGGGGAAACCAUGUCCAGCCUUUGAUUCCCACUUCCCACAGGUUCUAAUGAAGUUGGUGGGGCCUGAUGCCCUGAGUUGUAUCUGAUUUAAUAAAAAAAAAAAAACAAAAUAAAAUAAAAUAAAAUGAACCAACAAGAUA